AUGGCGACGCGGACGCGGACGCGGACGCGCGUGAACGCCGCGACGACGACGACGGUGAAACGAGCGAAUGAACUCGACGACGACCGAAAGUCUGCGAGCGACGACGACUCGGACGACGCGUUCGAGCGAGAGGUCAUGGCGGAGAUGACGGAGGUGGCGACGGAGGAAGACGAUGACGAUGAGCGCGCGGCGAAGCGCAGGCGAGAGUCGGCGGGCGCGGCGGCGGUGGAGACGGAGCGCGCGGUUGGGGCGUUCGGGCAGCUUCCGGAGGACGUGACGUCGCUCGUCUUGCGUUUGCUCGCCCCGAACGAGCUGUGCGCGCUGGGACAGACGUGCAAGCACUUUAAAGCGCAAUGCGAUCGGGAUUUUUUGUGGCGGCAGUGCUUCAUCGAGCGGUUCGGUAACGUGAAGCAGGCGCGACAGGCGGGCGUGAAGAAGCUUUAUUUCCUCUACGACGCGUUGGAAAUCGAUCGGGAGAGACGAAAGGCACCAGCUGGGUUCGAAAAAAUCUUCGUCGAGGCGUUCGCUGCGAAACGGUCGCAGGUGUGCGCCAACAUAGCGCCGCUGUGCGAACAGGUGGCGACGGAUCAAGUUGCGCGUGAGUGGAAGAGUCAUAGGAAAUUUUCACACGACGCCACGCACGUAUGCAGUCGGCGCAACGGUUGCUCCUAUCAAGAGUUACAGGGUAAGGUGUUCGUGUGCGAGCGCACGGGUAAGGUUCACGUGUGCGACGACACGUGCCGGGAGCGGCAGCUGGACGAGGACUCGGGCACUGAAAUUUGUCAAAUUUCAGGCGCGUCCUUUGACACCGUCUUGCCGGACGAAGACGACGAGGACGAACAAACCGUCGCCGAACAGGAGCAGCAAUACUUUGAGAAGGGAUACUUCGGUCGAGCCUUCGAAGUGGGUUACGGAUGCGACAACGAGUUAGAGCUCCAAACGGCUCUGUGGGGAGGACCAACGCGAGGCGGUAAUUGA